AUGCUAUUUGACACACAGUCUUCAUACUCCCAGCAGCCGGCAGCUCAAAAUGGGCACGGCCUAUAUGUACCAGCAGAUUAUUCUAAUGCAAAUGGUUAUGAUAACAAGGAAGAGGAGCCAAUGUAUCGAUAUGCUUCAAGUCGCUUAACAGGCCAAUCGUCGCACUCAACUAGCAAGACACCAUCGGUGCAGACAAGCACAGUGAAGAGUCCUUACAGCGUUCAACCAACGCAUGAUCAUCAUUCUCAUUCAUCCCACCCUUCAGUAGCUACACCAAAAAACGAAGCUCAACAAGGUGCACUGAUGGAUCCUCUAUUUGCCGAACUCGAUGCGAUGUCCUAUCCUCAACAAUCAACGUCAUCCAAUGCUCCUCCUGUCAAUCAGCGAACUUCGAUGCCGUACCAACCUCAAGCCAAUCAUGGUCAACAUCAAAUGGGCAGCACGGAUAUGUUUAUGUCUUCAUCGAACGCUGAAAAUGAAGAUUUCUACUUCGAUCAGUACGAUCGUGAUCAUCAAUUACUUGGACAGAACGAUGUUUCACCAGGACCUCCGUCAUUCCGAGAACAACACACUAAUCCAUUCAUCAAUCAUGCAAAUGUUUUAUCUGAUUCAAAACUUACCAACGACAAUCAAUUGAUCCACACUGAGGAUGGUAACAAUUUGCCGCAAAACGGAAAUAAAGACCAGAAGAGACAAGUGAUGUGGAAUAAAUUGCAACAAACAACUGCGAAGGUGUCAGACAAAAAUAUCAAGAAACGUGAAGUUCCUGCUCGAGGCAAAGGAACGACAGGUGCAAAUUCCACAUCGACAACUUACGCUGGUAAAAGAUCAUCUCAAUCGCCGCAAAAUCUUUCUCAUCGUCCGAUCGAUUCGAAUCCGCCGAAUUAUAUCGAAAGGAAUAUUGGAAUGAUCAAGAACAAAGAAAACUAUUUUCAUCGUAUACCCGAUAAAAAAUAUCAAAACAUUUACGCAAAACGAAAAGGUCUACACAGCGGAAACGACACUGAAUAUGAUCAAAGCUCUUCAUCUCAGUCGACUCUACCAUUAACAAUCAAUUUGAAUACAGGUAACCAAGGGCAAAUCAGUUCAAUACCAACUAUCGUUGAGAUUCCGAUUGAUGGCGACAUGAAUCAUAAUCGAGAGAAUCUCUCUGUUGAUAUCAAUCUACGUCUCCUUGAUCCACAGAAUGCUUCACAACAACACGAACAUGCACAACAACAGUUCACAGAUCAUUCCAAUUCAGAGCAAUUAAAUUGGUCGGCAACAGAUGUACUCGAUCGACAUAUUCGGAAGAUGGAGCGUAGUAUCCAUCAAAACUUACCACCGACUCAUUCAUCCCAACGACAUCCGCCCUCAGUGACGACAAACACUAGUUCAUUAACUGGAACAUUUAGUUCUCGAUCAACAGGACUUGGUUACUCGGGAUAUAGUUCCAGAAACCAUACGAAAGAAACGUAUAGUUACAGUGCUCGAGGACUGGAGGAAGAUUCAUAUUUAGCUCAAAUGCAUCAGUCGCGAAAGCCGAAAGAUUUUCAACAGUAUACUCUUCGAGACUAUGACCGGUUCAAGAAGAAUUGCGGAUUCGGUACAGGUCAUCUUGGUUUCGAUUCAGAGAAUAUCACAUACAAAGAAAAAUUAGAGAAAGCGAACAAAGCAAAGGAAUAUGCUCAACAGGUAGAAGCGAGAAAUAGAAAAAUCAUAUCCGAAGCCACAAUUCGAAUGUCAUCGGAGACUCGUUCACCAACUGAAGACUCGAAAACAUCUCGACUUACUGAAAAUGCUCAUCUAUCGAAACGAACUCUUCGAUAUCCAAGCAAAUCGACUCAUUCAUCGCCUAUUUCCAUGACAGAAAUUAUUCCAUUUGCACCAACUCGUCGGCCUGUCGAUGUUUCGUCGUAUCGUACACCGCCGAUGCAUCAAGUUCCUUCUGCUCGUCGCCCAGCUGAAAUACUUUCUCAACCACCGUCUGCCCGUCGACCUGUAGGAGUUACUACUCAUUCACCCACAAACCGUCGUCUGGUCGAAGUUGUCUCCCAAGCAUCAUCCAAUUCGAAACAACGAGUGCGCUUUCCGCAACAUGAAGAACACGAAAUCGUAGAAAUUGUCAAUCGAUCGCAUGAACGUGACGUUACGCCGGUCAAUAGAUCGUUCAACCAUCCACAGAAGAAACGACGCGAACUAAAUGAUGAAAAUGAUAGUCAACACGGAAGUGUCACCGAGAGCCUAUCAUCACAUCGAACAAGUGUACGACGCCUAUCGCCAGCCAAAGUGGCAUCUCCAUCAAGUCGGAUAAGCAGUGAGAAUGGCAGUCAACGACGACCAUUACGGUUCGAGAGUUUAGUUCCAGUCGAAGAGCCUACAUAUAUCGUUCGGGAACGCACUCACUCCAUCCAACCGCAUAAACGCAAGUCCAGCAAUGAUCAGAAUGAACAAGGCGAACUGGAAGACGAUGUACUAAUGAAAGUCAUACGCGACGAAUUAACCGAACGGCCAUUGCAAGAAGGUGAAGAAUUGGUUAUCGUUGAAUAA